GCAGGCGUUGUCCUCACAGUCUGGCUUCGCGUUCCUGCUGCAGACGACAGUGAUGAGUCACACAUGAGCACCCAUCAAAAUAGCGACGAGCGCUCAUGCAAGGCGCCUUUCCUGCUCGUCCUAGCGUCAGCGACAAAGGGGCCUUGAUUUAGUCGCUGUGCUCAUGUCAGAGGAAGUGCGUUCACGUGGCUGACUGUGUGUACUCGAUGACUUGGGGGCAACAAAACCUUCCGCAAAAGGUAUGCCGUUGAAAGGCGACAGAAAGUGCCAUUCAACUGCGUUUCGGUCAGUACUUACGACUGAAACCCGCAUCGCGCUGGAAGACGCGAUAAAGCGGCGAACGGAACGCGCGCGAGACUGAAUUUGGUGAAAACACUGAAGAUGCACGGCGCGUGCGGUUUGUUUACGCGGGAAAUGCCAUGAACAGGACCAACUGACAGCAGCUCUCUUCACAUAGAGGACUCGCUCUGCGGAGGGCAGGUUCGUUGCUUCGUUUUCGUCGGUUGGAUGCGACUGGCUGCGGUGUUCUGUCAUGUUUGGGCUGACCGGGAGAUGUAAGUGCGGUCUGGCACUGUCCCUCGUCCUCUCGGCGUGCUGUGUGUUCCUCUUCUGUGAAUAUGGCAUCUAUUUCCCCGCCAUUCUGCGCUGCUCGUGGCCAGAGAUCAAGCAGAGUGAAGACUCGCCCCGACCGCUGAGGGCUCUCUUCUUAUCGGACCCGCAUCUCCUCGGAGCCAUCAGAGGACACUGGUUCGACAAACUCAGAAGGGAGUGGCAGAUGGAGCGGGCAUUCCAGACGGCCAUGUGGUUGUUGAGACCAGAGAUGGUCUUUAUUUUGGGUGAUGUUUUUGAUGAAGGCAAAUGGAGCUCCCCUAAGGAUUGGGAAGAUGAUGUUAGACGUUUCAAGCAGAUCUUUCGCCAUCCCAGUGACACUGAACUUGUGGUCCUAAUUGGCAACCAUGACAUUGGAUUUCAUCAUGAAAUGACUCGCUAUAAACUGGAGCGCUUUGAGAAAGUAUUCAAUGUGACGUCAGCACGCAUUCUCACCAAGAGGGGAGUAAAUUUCUUGCUGGUGAACAGUGUGGCGCUGCAUGGAGAUCACUGUCCCAUCUGUCAGAGUGUAGAGAAUGAACUAUACAGUCUCUCACAAGCACUAAACUGCUCCACACAGAGCCAUCAUUCUGGAAGUAUGAGGCACCGUUGCAAGGACAUGCAGACAUAUAUAUCAACACCUCCCAUUAUACUGCAGCAUUACCCUCUGUAUCGGGCCAGUGAUGCUGAAUGCACAGGUGUGGAUGCAGCACCGCCUAAUGAACGCUACCAGCACUUUCAUGAACGCUACGAUGUGCUUUCUCAGGAUGCCUCAAAGAUGUUGUUGUGGUGGUUCCAGCCCCGCCUUAUUUUAAGUGGACACACCCACAGUGGCUGUGAGGUCCUGCAUGAGAACCAUAUCCCUGAGAUCAGUGUUCCAUCCUUCAGCUGGAGGAACCGCAACAACCCCAGCUUCAUCCUGGGCUCGUUUUCACAGUCUGACUAUGCACUUUCUAAGUGUUUUCUCCCGGAGGAGAGCAGUGUUAUAGCAGUGUACUGUGGCAGCGCUAUGGCAUUAGCACUGAUCACUCUGGGCCACCUCAGUUUGUUCCGGGGAGCGCUGCAUACAGCAAACGUUCUCCUGGGAAAGCAGAAGUCUCUAUGACCCACACACACUUAGUCCUACUGCACAACUGUGUGUACACAGACACACAUUCUCAUACAUACUGCAUGUUUACACGAGGUACAUAACUGGAACAAGCUUUCCGAAGCCUCAAAGCACAAAGACCACUACAUCAUGGGAGGGCUACUAUAACUUUGGACUGUGUCUUCCUGUAAGCUGUAUGACCUUACAUGUUCAACACUUUAAGGCUUUAUGAAACAGGUCUGAGGUGCUAUACAGACAUACUUUUACACAUUACUGUUAAGCUUCAUUUCAAAUAAAUAAGCAAACUUGAGCCAGAGAUCAUUCCAAUACUGCACUUUAUUACUGCUGAGAGCCAUUAGAAAUGUUCUGACUGAUCUGAAGCUGUUGUUCAAGUGGACCCUGUGUUCAAUUUUCUAUUUUAUUGGUCUAUUUAUAUAUUUUUUUAAGGUUCCUUUCCUUUUAUGCUUUUAGAAAUAAAGGUUCCAAAAUGGUUUGUGGAGUUUUUUUUUGUGUGUUUUUUUUUUUUUACUGUUUAAAUGUUUCUCUUCAAACUGUGCAUCCAAGCCAAGAACCAAACUGGAACUGUUAUUUCUUUUUUAGUUUAGUGAAUUUGCAAUUCCUAGCCUUAUUUGAACAAGCUAUGUUUGUUUUGUUUGUCUUUUUAAUAAUGAACAAAUGGAUUUGAACCUUGUGUUAAUUCCCAGGGAAUGUUUUAACUAGUCUUGACAAAUGCAAUAAAUAUCUAUAUCUGA